AUGGCCACGCUGGGGUGGGAGAAGGAGCGUGGGCACGUGAGGUGGUGUGCCCGAGGUGUAGCAUCUAUGACUGUGCCAGUGUACAUCGCAGAAGUUGCUCCUCCACACUUAAGAGGCAGAUUAGUCACCAUUAACACUCUGUUCAUCACUGGAGGGCAGUUUUUUGCAAGCGUCGUUGAUGGACUCUUCAGCUACCUCGCGAAGGAUGGGUGGAGGUACAUGCUGGGCCUGUCAGCUGUUCCGGCAGUUAUACAGUUUCUUGGAUUCCUGUUUCUUCCUGAAAGUCCCCGCUGGCUCAUUCAGAAAGGCCAGACUCAGAGAGCACGGAGAAUUCUGUCUCAAAUGCGUGGCAACCAGGCAAUCGAUGAGGAGUAUGACAGUAUCAAAAACAACAUAGAAGAAGAAGAAAAAGAAGUUGGAGCAGCUGGACCUGUGAUCUGCAGAAUGCUAACAUACCCUCCAACUCGAAGAGCCUUAAUUGUGGGUUGUGGUCUGCAGAUGUUUCAACAACUGUCAGGGAUUAACACCGUCAUGUACUACAGUGCUACCAUUUUGCAGAUGUCCGGAGUUGAAGACGACAGGCUUGCAAUCUGGCUGGCUGCACUGACAGCAUUUAUAAACUUCAUUUUUACUCUGGUGGGAGUCUGGCUCGUUGAAAGAAUGGGUCGCCGGAAACUUACACUUGGUAGCUUAACAGGUACUGCUGUAGCACUCAUUAUCCUAGCUUCGGGAUUUUUGCUAUCAGCUCAGGUCUCGCCAAGAAUCACACUUAAUCCACCAGAUCCUUCACAUCAAAACUCUACCUGCACAAAAUACAGUUAUUGUAAUGGAUGUAUGUUAGAUCCAGACUGUGGUCUCUGCUACAAAUUGAAUAAAUCAAGUGUUGUUGAGUCUUCGUGCAUUCCUGUUGAUAAAGAUUCCACAAUGAAAGCAGCGUGGGGCAGGUGUUCAAAUGAAACAGUAUUCAAAAAGGAAGAUUUGUUCUGGGCAUACAAUUUCUGCCCCACUCCAUACUCUUGGACAGCACUUCUGGGCCUUAUUUUAUACUUGGUUUUCUUUGCACCUGGGAUGGGUCCUAUGCCCUGGACCGUCAAUUCUGAAAUUUACCCACUUUGGGCUAGAAGCACAGGAAACGCGUGUUCCUCUGGAGUCAACUGGGUUUUCAAUGUGCUUGUGUCACUGACAUUUCUGCAUACGGCUGAAUAUCUGACGUACUAUGGAGCCUUUUUCCUCUACGCAGGGUUUGCUGCCUUGGGACUGGUUUUCAUCUACGGCUGCCUUCCUGAGACUAAAGGGAAAAAACUAGAGGAAAUUGAAUCUUUGUUUGAAAACAGGCUAUGUACAUGUGGUAUGUCAGAUUCUGAUGAAGGGCGGUAUAUCGAGUAUAUUCGGGUGAAGGGAAGUAAUUACCAUCUUUCUGACAAUGAUGCUUCUGAUGUGGAAUAA